CUGUUCUUCGGGCAAUGAAGUGGCCUGUCAUACCUCCGAACUACCUGAGGUCUCUCAUUUAUACGGCUUCGCCGAUUCAGCUUGGCUCAUUUUCUGCUCUCAAGUGAAAUCUUCUGAACUUCCGGUGAAAUCUUCUGCAUUGCCGCUGAUUCGGUCUCCUCGUCAAGCUUUUCAGCGUUGACGGCCGGCUGUUGCAUCUUCUAAUUCUGCCCACCGUCUCAGCAAGAAAUGGCAGUAGAGGACGAUGUUCCAAGUUCGAACCCCCUGCCUCCUCCGCCCAGGCCUCCUAACAAGAAAGAUCAUUAUCACGCUAGCAAUGGCGCGGCAAAUCUAUCCAAUGCCGAUUUCAGGCGAAUUGUGCUCGAAACACCUCGCCGUGUCGACGAACAUUCUAAAGAACGCCCACGAGGACGGAGUAGCAGACGAGCAGAUGAAGAGGAUGCAGAGGGUGAAAAACAGUCUCAUAAAAAGCACAAACCGAAACCUAAAGAGGAAGAAAAGCCAGAAGAUCCAGAUCUCCCCAAGUACCGUGAUCGAGCCAAGGAAAGGAGAGAAGACCAAAAUCCAGAUUAUGAACCUACAGAGAUGGGUUCCCUUCAUGCUGUUGCACCUCCUGGAACUGUUGAUUUAAGAACAGCUGAUGCACAUAGGAUAUCUAUUGAGAACAGCAAAUAUCUUGGAGGUGAUGUGGAACAUACUCAUUUGGUUAAAGGUUUAGAUUACGCAUUGCUGCACAAAGUCAGGAGUGAGAUUGACAAGAAACCAGAAAAUGAGGAAUCUGUGGAUGGCAAGUCAAGAGUACAGAAGGAAGACCAAACAUUAUCAUUUCGCACUUCUACAGCGAAGCUCAUUUACCAGUGGAUGGUGAAGCCUCAAAGCAUGAACAAGCCAAAUGAGAUGUUUCUUCCUGGACGGACAGCUUUUGUCUAUGACAUAGGAGAGGAAUUCUAUCAUGACAUUCCAACAACAGUGCAUAGAAGCAAAGCUGAUUGUCCACCUCCUCAGGAAACAGUCACUGUUGGGGUAGAUGCAUCUGUUCUUGAGCGUAUUGCUAAGAUCAUGUCUUAUCUCCGUUUAGGCUCCUCUGGAAAGGUUUUGAAGAAAAAGAGGAAAGACAAAUCUGAGGGCAGAGCCAAGGUGCUCCAAUCCUUGGCCAAUGAAGAUGGAAUUGAUUAUGAAAAACAAUCAAACAUUGUUGAUGGUUUCUCUAAGAAGCAGCAAACCCGAGAGAUGCUUCCUCCUCCUCCUCCACGCAAAGGUCAUCUGGAUGUGAAGGAACAGCAGUCUGUACCUACAAAUACCCAUGAAGAAGAUAAUAUAUUUGAAGGAGCUGGCACUGAUUAUAAUGUUCCUGGUAGUAAUCAAAUUCAGAGUCCUCUUUCAGAAGAUAUGGAGGAAUCCCCCAGGGAUGGGGAAAGGCAGUCAUACUUUAGUGACGUUUAUGGUCCAGCACUCCCUGCUGAGAUGGCUGCCCAGGAUUGGCAGCAACAAGGUGCGUAUGAUGCUAUUCAAGGACCAGCAGUGCCGGAAGGUUAUCAAGGAGAAUGGCAGGAAUAUCCUCCACCACCACCUGAACAACAGGCUGGUCAGUGGGCUCCAGAAUCGUUGAAUUACUCCGAACAGUAUGUGCACAGUCAAAUACCAGAUUAUAGCGUGCAGGCAGGAAUGCUCCCUUCGAAGGAUCCUAGAUUUAUGACACAGGAGGAGAAGGACCGUGGUCUUGGAUCAGUGUUCAAAAGAGAUGAUCAGGGUCUUCAACAGCGGAGGGAAAGAGAUGCACGGGAAAAGGAUCCAAACUUCAUUUCAGAAAGUUACUCAGAGUGUUACCCUGGCUACCAGGAAUAUAAUCGGGAGAUUGUAGAUAGUGACGAUGAAGAUGACUUAUCAAAAAUGGACAUGGGUGGAAGGGCUAAGGGGCGCCUUCAUCGUUGGGACUUCGAGACAGAAGAAGAAUGGGCAAAAUAUAAUGAACAAAAGGAGGCGAUGCCUAAAGCUGCUUUUCAAUUUGGAGUGAAGAUGCAAGAUGGACGUAAGACAAGGAAGCAAAAUAAAGACCAGAAGCUCACUAAUGAAUUACAUCAAAUUAACAAGAUUUUGGAUAGAAAGAAAAAAGAUAAGGCAGAUGCUUACGAUGAUAGUGGCCAUUAUGAUGAUGAAAUACAACCAGGGAAGAGGCUUCGUUUAUAGAUACUCUGUCGAGGUGUUUGUAAGUUAGUUUUUAUUCAUACAUGUAACAGUAAUCCAUUCUCUGAGAAACAUAACAAGUUUGCCAUGGACGUAUGCAUAUAAGACUAUGACGAAAACAUGCUAAGAUUGCAUUUCAUGCAUGGCACAUAGGUUGUAUUUUCUAUACAAAUUGCUUACUGUGUAGGUAUUUCAUGAAGCAUUUUAAUUCUCAAGAGUUUACCCAUGUUUCACAGUAACAAGGUCUUCAUAUAUUUUGGCAUGCAUUACAUUAAGGUCUGUUCAUAUUGGGGAUAUUAUGGCAUUAUUUGUAAGAUAUUUUUACUUACAAUUGGUGUGGAUUGAUUUUA